AGUAAUAUGGUGGGUUACAGCGUUGAAUAAAGUAACAGUUAUCUGACAGCGAUUGGUUUGUUGAGGUCACAUGACACAUCUCUGCACCAAUCAGCGAGCUGUCCCAUGAGCAGCGAUGUGCAGUGCUGUUUUCCGCUCUGGGUUACGAAUCUAUUUCUAGAUUGUAGCGUCCUCGGCAGGUACCGACGACAGCGAUCAUGGAGGCGUCGAUGGCCACCGGUCCCGCCGCAAACGCGCCUGCUAAUAGCGAGGGCAUAUUAAUAGGGGAUAAAGUGUAUUCCGAAGUCUUCCUCACCAUCGAUAAUUCUUUGAUUCCGGAGGAAAAUCUCUCCUCGACCCCGUCUAUGCAGGAUGGCCUCGACCUGUACACCGAGACAGACCUGCGGAUCCUGGGCUGCGAGCUCAUCCAGUCCGCCGGAAUCCUGCUGCGACUGCCGCAGGUGGCCAUGGCGACCGGACAAGUGCUUUUUCAUCGAUUCUUCUACUCGAAGUCUUUCGUGAAACACAGUUUUGAGAUUGUUGCCAUGGCCUGUAUUAACUUGGCUUCAAAGAUCGAAGAAGCCCCUCGACGAAUAAGGGAUGUCAUCAAUGUGUUUCAUCAUUUAAGGCAGCUCCGAGGCAAAAGGUAAGCAUGGCUCAUUCUCACAGAGCUUCUGUCACACGUUUUCUCUGUCCGUUACCUGUGCCAGCAACCUCCCACCUUAACUGAUUUAUUUUUCUUUGGAUAACAUUUAAU